CCCCAAAGGGUCUUCUGUGCAGCUCCUCUCAGGGCAGCGGAGGGCGUCUUAGGCAGGAGCCGAGUUAUUUUUUACUCAGAGUAGACCCACUGAAACGAAUGGACCUCGGUUAGAUAACUAGCUAGCUUUAUUACGAUCAUAGACCAGCAUACAAAUACACAUCUUCAAAAAAGCAAUUUUCGUUAAAAGUCAGCUUGACAGUUCUAACAAAGUUUAUUAAAAACUAGUUCUAAAUCUUAUACAAGCUACGAAAUUAUCAAAGUUAUUCUGCAGAGAAAAGCAGCAGCACAAAACCUGGCUACCUUAGCUGAUACUUGGGGAGUUUGGUCAGAUAAAAGGAAUUUGACAUAAAAAGCCUCAUCUCCGCCAGGAAUUUUUUGUAAAAUUGGGGUGAUUAAAAUGGAUUGAAGGUCACGAUAAAAAAUAAGCAAUGGAGUAAAACAUGACCUACAGACUCUACAACCCCCUCAUCACAAGGACACACCCGCUCAUCAUAUGGAACUGUUUUAAACCUGCCAUCCAAGAGUGCUGAAGACAGCCAAGGCUUCUUCCAAACGGAGAUGGCGAACAUUGGAGAUUUGCCAAAUGACAUCAUGCUAGACAUCUUCUCCCUGGUCCCGAUGAAUGAACUGAUUCUCAACUGCCGGCUGGUUUGCUCCCAGUGGCGAGAACUGGUGGAUUUGCCGAUUCUGUGGAAGUGCAAAUAUCGACAGAAAAACGACAACCUUAAGAAGUCAAAGGCCUUCUACGUUUUAUCCCACUUGGAGAGGAACUUAAUCAGGAAUCCUUGUGGCGAAGAGGGCUUGGACUUCUGGGAAACUGAGACACCUCCAAGGGGCCAGUGGAAAAUGAAGGAAGUGUCAGAAAUGGAUUCAUCAAAACUCCAGAAGUGGGACAUCCUUCAGAGACAUUUUUAUGUGAAAGAUGACGCUAUCCCCUAUCAGGAGGUUAACACAUGCUUUGCGGCAUGCAGUGGGCUCUGUGUUAAGUCUCAACUCAUCACCUUGAAGGAUGAAGGCUACUGGGAUGAGCUGAUGGAUGAGGCCAGGCCCACUAUUGUGGUGAAGGACUGGUUUUAUGGUGUUCUUGGUCACCGCUACCAGCUGUCUGUAAAGCUCUUGUCUGCAGACUUCAAAGUGAUCAGAGAAUAUUGUUCCAAAGACUUGUACGACUGCUAUUUGGAAGAUGAAGAAUGGCGCGAGGUUUCGCACACGUUUUGCAACUUUCCUGCCGGAGUCCGCCACAUCUUUUUCCAACACCAAAGCCAAAAUGUCAGUUGGCAGGAAUCUGGAUAUCUGAUGAGAACAGCCAAGCUUCUGAGACUAGCCAGAUGCAUGAAGAUAGACCGCAGGAUGAGAAUCACCAAAAGCAGUGUCACUAUUGGCCCGUUUUCCUUGGACAAACGAAUGUACUAUAAGGAUGGCAGAGAUAUGACAAGCUGUAGCUUUGUACACUUCUGGGGGGUCCAGUGCCCCUGCCGCGGCAACUAUAUCCACUGGUAAAAAGGCUUUUUAGAGCACCUUCGUUCUCUUCUGCAAAUCCUGGGUGGGGUUCUCCCCACUCCUCUUAAAAUUUGCACCUGUCAUAGUCCUGAUUUCAGAUGUCCUCUGCUUAUCUCAAGUUGCAUCUGUGCUCUCUCUAUAACAAGCACUUCUGAAUGUUAAAGAACAUUCUGGGUCUUAUAGAUGGGUUGGAUAGAAGGAGGAUGGAAGCUGGCUCUGGAAUCGAAAUGGUGUUUCAGGUAGUGAACGAUCCUCUGUUUUCACAGCAAAAUGUGGAGAGACACUGAUGAGCGAGCAUCACUACCCAUAUUAGGGUUUUCACUCCCACCGAGCAUAUAAAAUAACAAUUCGUUUGUGUUCAGCAUAGUUAAUGGGCCAUUGAUUGUUGUUGUCUCUUGCAUUGUCUGACGUUCUGCCUUUACUUUUUUUGGGGGGGAGGGAGAAAGGGAACACUCUUUGUGGACUCUGUAUUUCUAAGGUGACCAUGGCAUACCUGUGAUGAUGUGGCCUGUGUCCCAGGAAAGCUUCUGCUGAAAUGAUUGUGUUUGUCCUCAAGAUUAGCGAAUGACUGCUGGUUCCAUUUGCUGCAAAAGUUUCAAAUGAUUGCCUUUUUGAAAUGCAUGUCUUUUGCUCUCAGGGUCUAUGUAGAAUUGUCACAGGCUGCAUUUCAUUGCCAUUUGAUCCUGCUGUUUACAUUUUCCCCCCUGUACACUUGUGUGUAUAUGUGUAAUCUUUGUGCGGUCUGUCUGUCUAAUCUACACUGAGGACAGCACUUUAUGCAUCUGACAAAGUUGACUCUAGCCCAUGAAAAAUAUCCGCCGUAAUAAAUUUGUCAGACUUUAAAAAGAUACCACAAGACUUUUUUUUUUAAUCUAACAAACUUGCAUGGCUACCCAUCAGAAAGAUUUUGAUGGCAUCUACUGCUGGGUUGCAGGGAUUCACAAGGGGAAUGACACGUCUGGAAACAGGGAUUUCCAGGCCUCAGAAAAAUAAGGAGUUUGGCCAAGUUAGUUGAUCAAAAUAAAACCCAGCCAAUUUCCAUCACAACUUACUGUUAUUACCAUCCAGGCCCCAAGUCCACCAACAACUCUACCUAACUGCUUACCUGUUUCUCUCUUUUUCUUGCCAGAGGGAACAGUCUGAAACUUGAGAACUGAGGUCAACAACCAUCAAGGACUGGCAGAUACACCCUCUAGCAUCCCUAAGAUAAUGGAUUUUGUGUUAGAUUUCAACUGCAAAUUGCUUUAGCUGAAAAGUAGGGUAUAGAUAUGGUAAAUCAAUUAAAGUAUUUUGCCUUUUGUCCCAACUUGAGCUCAAGAUAAAAAUAUGGGCUUUGUAAGUGGUCUAUCCAGGCACUAACCAUUAUCACAGUUGCUUUAUUUAGAUCAUAGGCUUGAAGAUAGGGGUUGGGAGCAUGCAUGGACCUUCAUAUAUUGUUGGACUCCAGUUCACAUCAACCCCCAGCCAGCAAGGCCACUUGGUCAGGGAUAAUUGGAAUCCAAUAACAUCCUCAGGGCCAGAUUUCCCCACCUGUCCUAUAGGUGAGCAGCAUUGUUUACAUGCUAUAUAAAUAAUCACAACACUUUUUUCCAGUAGUUGACCUGAAAUAUUGGAGGAUGGGUUGAGUCAAUGAAGCCCACUUACAGUGCAAUCCUAUGCAAGUCUACUCAGAGGCAAGCUCUAUGGAGUUGAAUGGGUCUUUCUCUCAGGAAAGUGUAUGUGAGAGACAGAGAAUGAACAUGAAUGAAUGGAGAGAUAAGGUGUCCAGAUCCAUUUUUGGCUUUGGUUUGACUGCUUCCCCACAAGAAAGUAUGUCUCUCAACCCUGGCUGCAUCAGGUUGCAACCUGUGUGUGUGUUAUGUGCUUUCAAGUCGAUUACGACUUAUGGCGAUCCUAUGAAUCAGCAAUGUCCAAUAGCAUCUGUUAUAAACCACCCUGUUUGGAUCUUGUAAGUUCAGGUCUGUGGCUUCCUUUAUGGAAUCAAGCCAUCUCUUGUUUGGCCUUCCUCUUUUUCUACUCCCUUCUGUUUUUCCCAGCAUUAUUGUCUUUUCUGGUGAAUCAUGUCUUCCCAUUAUGUGUCCAAAGUAUAACCUCCGUUUCAUCAUUUUAGCUUCUAGUGAUAGUUCUGGUUUAAUUGUUCUAACACAAAAUUAUUUGUCUUUUUCACGGUCCAUGGUCUGUGCAACGCUCUCCUCCAACAACACAUUCGAAAUGAGUUGAUUUUUCUCCUAUCCAAUUUUUUUACUGUCCGAUUUUCACAUCCAUAGAGAUCGGGAAUACCAUGGUCUGAAUGAUCCUGACUGGUGUUCAGUGAUACAUCUUUGCAUUUGAGGACCUUUUCUAGUUCUCUCAUAGCUGUCCUCCCCAGUCCUAGCCACCUUUUGAUUUCUUAACUAUUGUCUCCAUUUUGUUAAUGACUGUGUCAAGGUAUUGAUAAUCCUAAAUGUGUUAUAUUCAAAAUCUUUAAAUAUUCUGAGAAGUUAUUAUUGGGGAUGUUGACAGCAGGCUGGCAUUGGUUAUCAGAAAAACUUAUGAGGACUAACAUCGGAUAGCUCCAAAUAGACUUGAAGGAAUCACUCAUCCAUUUAUCUCCUUUUGACAGUGUGCAUUCAAACUCAUUAAAUUAUAUCCACGGAUGAGAUAGUGAAGUAACGUGGUACAGUCCGAAGUGUGGAGAUGGUGCAAAGUGCCAGGGGGACCUUUUGUUAUACAAAUGCUGCAAAGAAAUGAAAUAAGACUCUAUCAACUCCUUUUUCAUGUGGGGGGAAUUGCAUGAAACUUGCACCCCAUGGGAAAAUGCAAGUUUACAAGCCUUCUUUCUAACCUGCUAGGUUUUUCAUUUGGGGAUGCAAUUUUCAUGUAUGAAAGGGUGUAACCAUGUAUUUUCUGACAGAUGACUCUCAGAGUGAAUCUGAGGUGGCACGAGUUCCCCUGGGUGAGGACUGUACCACCUUGCCAUUGCAAUACAUGAAUUGGCCUAGGGGUGUUUCCCUGCUCACCUGCCCCCCUUCCCUUGAAUCAUGAAGUCAUGGAUGAAAACACGUUCAGAAUCCAGCUUCACACAGUUUGGCGUACUUUAUUGGCACAAAAAUAUCCAACUACAACAUGGCAUCUAAACAAUAGUACACUUUUGUUGUGUAUUUUGCUUUAUAUUUGUUUCAUUAAUAAAUUCCUGGCAUUAGGCUUCCGCUCUAGUGUUUUUAAGCACCCAGUUUUCCUCUUCCAGGACUGUGAAUGGUUUUAGGCUCAGCACUGAUGCGUCCCACUAACUUCUCUCUCUUUGCUCAGUGCCAGCGUGGAAGACUCCCCAGAGGUACGAACUUGUAUUUUACAAUAUCCCUUUCCUACUAUGAUGUUCUGCUCCUAUAGAGCCUUUGAUAAUUUUUUCCAUGCAGGUUUAGUCAGAAAAAUGCUAUAAUUGUGUCUUCCACCACAAGUGUCAGUCACCAUCUGUUUUGGGUCAUGUUUUGAGACAGGUCAGGUAUGCCAAGCUAAGAGUAACAGACUGCAAUUCCUCAGAGGCCACUGUGCCUUUGCAAAACCUAAUCAAGGUCACUUAGGUCAUGGAAGUGAAUUCACUACCACUUGACCAUGUUACUGGGUCAUGCUUUCUGUAUCUUGAAAAUAUGGUCUGUCACCAUUUUUGCUGAGUCGUCCCCCAGCGACUAAAUUAGCCAGUGUCUGGUCAGUAUCAGUUUUGUUUUAAACCACUCUGGAACCUCCACUGUGAUUUAUUAUGGACCUGCCCACCCCCUCAUCCCACACACACCAGCAGCUGUAAAUCACCUUAAAACAACUUUUAAUAUACAGAGAAGUUCUUAUUUACAGUUCAACAUAUUUGACAAAAGGCAAUUCCUACCCUCACCCUACCUCCAACAUCCUCAUUCCCUUCUCACUUCUGAGAAGAAACAUGUUUGGAGUGAGAAAAGCCUCUAGAAGGCUGUGGAUGAUUCCUCACAAGUCUUCUGUUACCAAAAAGGGCACCUAAAGGGAGAAUGGGAAAAGGGGGGACCAGAUUUAUUUAUUAUUUAUUUCAUUUAUACCCCAGCUUUUUUUCCAUGACAGAAACCCAAAGGCAGCUUACAUAUGAUCCCCAGGCAGUCUCCCAUCCAGGCACUGACCAGACCUGACCCUGAGAUGUGAAACAUUGGCUCUUGAUUUGGCCACGAUAUCCCAAUACAAGCAUGGCAAACCAACUUCUACAGCCAAGUCGGGUUUCUAAGAAAAACUGAGUGGGAAUAUUUAAUACUAUUUCAUAUACCUGCAACAUAUAUUAUAGCCCUUCAUCCAUGCGUGGAAUGUGCUCCCCAAAGAUGAACAAACAAGCUGUUUUAUAUAAUGGUUUCCCAUUUAGGUGUCUCAUUAACAGACAGAAUGAACAAUGAGCCGUUUUGACGUUAGAAACUCACCAUCCGAUGUAGCACUGGCAAAGGUUCUCGUGGGAGGUAGCCUGUUUAAUUAGGAGUUCUACUUGGGUGGGCACAUCCAGUGUUUCGUCAUGAGAAAAGUCUCGUCCUUUGCAAUGAGAGAGCGUGAGAGAAAGCAAAAUGAGGAUGCUUGCAAGCUAAGCUCACCUGCAUGUUUUUGUUGCUCUUGAACAGAACCAAAUAUAAAAAGUAAUGGCG